AUGAAAUUCACACAAUUCGGAGAUUUUAAUCCAAAAUGUUUAAAUUAUAACAUUAUUGGUUCUUGCAAUGGGAUCCUUUGUCUUGCAAAUUAUGUUGAUGGCUUUGUUCUAUUGUGGAAUCCUUCUAUUAGAAAAUUUAAGGAUUUGCCUAAAUAUCGAAUGCCAAAAAUUCUUCAUUUCGAUUGUAAGACAUAUGGCGGCUUUGGCUAUGAUCCGAUCAGUGAUAAUUAUAAGGUGGUGGUUAUUUUACACUACUAUAUACGUGAUAAAUACCGUAGUAAUUAUAUCGAAAAAACUGAGGUGAAGGUUCAUAUUUUGGGCACUAAUUUUUGGAAAAAUAUUCGGGAGUUCCCUUGUGGUGGUAUCCCUCGUGAGAAGAAUGGACAUUUUGUGAGUGGCACGAUUAAUUGGUUGGCUUCUAAAAAUUCAAGUUGGGAAAAUACAAAAAUAGAGAUGCUUCGCGGUCGCGGCCCCCCCUCGUUUAUUCUUUCUUUUAAUUUAGAGAAUGAGUCUUAUCAAGAGAUUUUGCUGCCCGGUCAUACAAAUAUAGAUGGUAGUUCUUGGCAUUUGGGUGUGUUGAGGAAUUGUUUGUGCAUGAUUAAUGGUGAUGAUGUUUGGAUUAUGAAAGAACAUGGGAAUAAAGAUUCUUGGACUAAAAUGUUCACUAUUCCUUACUUCCAAGAUCCUCGUACAUCUUAUAGCUUUGUCAAACUGAUAAAUAUUUUUGAGGAUUAUAUAGAUGAGUCUAUAGAGGGAAAAUGGACAUGGAAGUCGAUUGUUUACGAGUUCAAGAAUGAUAUUAUUAAGCUUACAGAGUUUGAAAGCACCCCAGCAGUCUGCGUUGAGAGUUUGAUAGCACCUUAA